AUGAGAGUCUUCUCACCCACGGAGGACCAUCAAGUGUUCUUCAAUUACCGGGGAGAGCAACUGCGAUACAACUUCAUUAGCCACCUCACUGAUGCCUUUGAGAGGCACGAGGUUAACUUCUUCGUAGACAAAAACGAGCAGAGAGGCAAAGAUCUCAAAAAUCUCUUUGUAAGAAUCGAAGAGUCGAGGAUCGCGCUGGCCAUCUUCUCUACCAGGUAUGCGGAAUCGAGUUGGUGCAUGGACGAGUUAGUGAAGAUGAAGAAGCUUGCGGAUCAAGGAAAGCUCCAAAUCAUUCCAAUCUUCUACAAAGUGACUGCAGGAGACGUGAGAAAACAGACAGGUGAAUUUGGUGACAACUUCUGGACUCUGGCGACAGCUUCUAGUGGAGAUCAGAUCAAGAAGUGGAAGGAAGCCUUGGAAUGUAUCUCCGACAAGAUGGGUUUGUCCUUAAAAGACAAGAGCUCUGAAGCCGAUUUUAUCAAGGAGAUUGUUAAGGAGGUGAAGAGAGUUAUAGCAUCAAUUGGAUUCGAAUAA